AUGGCCGCAUCGCGAUGUCUUCGCUGCAACGUUGCUGCGUCGUCCCCAAAACGGCAAAACUUGUUGACUACCCUUCUAUCCGCCUGCCUCACUCAAGCACCGCGACGGGGGUUUCGGGAGAUCUACGACGACAGCGGUUCCAUUUCACAGAAAAAGGUUUCCUCUGAUGAGGUGAACAAGCGCAUUUUUGAAAACGAGUUCCUUUGUUUCCCAAGAAACAAAUGUGUCGGUUUCACUGCAAAUCAGCUCGGCGUAAACCGUCCGGUGGAGGAUCGUUGGUCGGCCUACCGCAUCGGUGGAGCGAUGUGCUUCGACAUGCACGAGGGCUUCUACAACUCGUUGCAUCCGAUGGCACCGUUCUCGGACGAGUUUUCCGGUGGCCACCUCUUCACCGUGGUCGACGGCCACGCGGGUCACACGUGCGCCCACGCCGUAAACAUGCUCCACGCCGACUACGUCACCGCUGCUCUUGCUCCCCAGCACCUCGUCAAACCCAUUUACAACGCUCUUUCCCAACACGACUUCUCUCGCGCUCCACCACAGGCCAGUGAGCUGGCACAGCCGUAUCUCAUGGACCCGUGCGCCGUGAUGACCUCGUCUGCAGACGACCCAGACUCCGCGACCGGACCAUUCGCGCACGACGACCGGUACCUGGACUGGCGUCUAUGGGGCCAGUGGGGGCCCCUAGACGCCCAAGUGAACCAAAGACGUCUCUCAAAUAUUCACCUAAUGCUGAAAGAACGCUUUCUAACCACUAACUGUGAUGCUAUCGGCGAUUGUGUCCUGCACGCCAACGGCAACGUCUACGAUGGCGAGGGUUUCCUCGUCUCAGAGGGCUCGGAGUUUCCCUCGGCGGAUCUGCAGGUGAUCUCAGCAAUGGCCUCCGCCCUGCGAACCGGCCUCGCGCGAAUGGACACUGACAUCACCGCUGAUGCUGUCCCGCAUCCCGAGAGAGGUCUAAACAAGUCCCUCCUUCGCAUUGUCCUCUCUGGCUGUGUUGCUACCUCCAUCUUCAUACCCGCUGACUUCUCAUCCAUUUACGUUCUUCAGGUGGGUGACUGUGGUGCCGUGAUGGGUCGAUAUUUGGGACAAUCGAAGGGGACCGCUGAGCCGACCGUAGCCCUACGCAAAAAGUUCCACCCCGCCGAUUGGUCCGCCGAGUUGCUUGUGCCACCCCACAACGCCAGCAACGUCCGCGACGUCGAGCGCCUGCAAUCUCAACACCCUAUCCACGAGGCCUCUCUCAUGAUAGUCGAGGACCGUUUGCUCUGUGAAUUAAUCCCACUCCGCGCUUUCGGCGACAUCCGCUACAAGAUGCCCGCCAAGAUUCUGCAGAACAUCGCGCGCUUGUGUGGCCUCCCACCAAACUACCCCGUGACGCCGCGUCUCUACACCAGUCCCCCCUACCUGUUCUCCACCCCACAGGUCGUCUGCCGACGUCUCGACAAGGCGCGUGACCUCUUCGUGAUCUUGGCCACAGACGGCCUCUGGGACAUGCUCACCCCCGAGCAGGCUGUCAACGUUGUCGCGCAACAUUACAUCGACUAUAAGGGCAAUCCGUCAAAUGCCGGACCACGGGACACGGCCGCCAGUCGGCUGAUUCGCACGGCACUGGGCGGACACGAGAUGGACACGUCGAGAAUCGCGAUGCACCUCUCGGUGCCUUCGAAUAUGGCACGUUUCUACCGUGACGACAUCACCGUCCAGGUUGUCUAUCCCACUCGCACACCGUCCUAG